AUCUACGCAUGUGUUGUUUACAUCUUAUUUCCGGCAAUACACAAAAAUGUGAACAGACAGAACUGCUAACUGUCACUGAGUCUUCAAUUGAAAUGAACGUCUCUUUGUUGAUGUCUUUUUAAGAAGAGACAUUUGGAUUUGACAGUCAUGACUUCAAGGAGUCAGAAGUCAGAUUUAAAUCUUAGCUUGACUGGGUCUCAGAUAUCCUCAAGUUCAAAAUCACGUCAUCUACAUCGGCCUAGUUCAGUGACUGAUGUGAGGCAAUCUAAAGGGGAUGUACAGAAAUCACAGUCCAGUACAAAAAAGAGGAAUUCUCUACAUGGAGUUGAUGGUUUGAGUCAAAGAAGUGAUGCAUCUUCAGCUCGUAAGAAAAAUUCAAGGCAACAUGGGAGAUCUGCAAGUGAUGACUUCCUAGAACUGUUUGAAAAUUCCAUGCAACCAAAGAUUAAAGCGCCUUCAGCUUCCCAGAAGAAACCAGGACCCAAUGCAGUUAAAGUUCUCUGGCAGCCAAGCCCAAAGAAAUUUGGAGCAGGCGACAGUGCAAGAACAAACAGUACAGCAAGAUCUAACAGUACAGCAAGAACUAACAGUACAACAAGAACAGAAAAUAAAGAUUUUGAUGAUUUUUUACCUUCUUCAGAUAGACAGGAAAAUUUUUUCCAACCAUCAAGUGUUCGAAGCAGCUCUGAUUCAGAAGAAGACUGUUUAUCAUCAAGCUUGAGUAAAAUACAAGCACUUAAAGAAAAGCAUAAACUUCAACAAGAUAAAAUGAAUGAUUUAUUCUUAAGUCCACGUGAUAGGGUUGUGAAAGAUGCUGUGCCUAAAGCUAGUAACUUUAGUGGUAUUGCUAACAAUAUGGUUGUAACUAGUAAACCUCAACAAGUGAAAGCUUCGUUGUCAAAUAUAGAAAAUUCUUAUCAAAAUAUUAAACAUAAAACUCCUGUUAAUGAGGUGAAAAAACAAGAUGUGUCACAACAAUUAAAAAAACAAGACACAUCACAACAAAUAGGACGGAAUAUUGCAGAGGAUUUUAUAAAGACUUUAAACAAUGCAGCAACAAAAAUUCAGCGAUGGUAUCGUGAGCACAAAGCUCGUCAAUUGAGAAAUGAGGCAACUGUGAAAGCAGGGGAAGCUGCCCUUAAACGUUUACUGCAACAGAAAAAACAGGAUCAUGUAGAUCAUAAAAUGUUAGACCUAGAUUUUCUAAGUGAGGAUGAAAAUGAGAAAAAAAGUGCUGAAGACAGGAAAAAAUUAAGAGAGGAAAAAGCUAGGCAAGCAAGACAACAAGCUAUUCAGGAAUUACAGAAAAAAAGAGAACUUAAAAGGGAAGAAGUUAAAAGAAAAGCGGAGGAGGAAAUAACAUAUUUACAAGCAAGUGGUAAAAUAACCAAAAAACCAUUACGUGUAGGAAAAAAGAAAUCACCAGUUAGUGGCUCUCCUGUACCAAGUAAAUCUAAAGAUAGUAACAUUGAUCGUGAUACAAAUACUUCUGUUUCUACACUUAAAGAUGAGGAUGAAGAUUUAUUAGAGUCAAUAUCAAAUAUAAACCCAGGAGAGUCUAGUAGAGAGAGUGCAAGAAAAGAAAGGAGCGAGGCUGCAUCAACUAAAACAACAUUAGAUGAUCUGUUAGAUACUCUUAAAAAGUUAGAAGCUGAUGAACAAUUGGAAACUCCUAAACCAGUCACAAAGAAUGCAUGGUUGGAAGACAUAGAUAAAGAUUCAACCAAAUCUCAUUUAACAUCUGAGAAGUUACAGAAAUUAAACUCAGUCGGAGAUUCUGUUAGUAAGAGUGGAUUUUUGACAGACGAUAAGUUAAAAAGUAUAAUGACCUUCUUAGAUGAAGUACAGACGUCAGACAGACUCAGUUCUGUAGACCAGGAACUAGCAAAAGAAUCUCAUAAUUUUGAGUUACCGCCCAUGCUAGUACCCUCCGCUGAUGAACUUCUACAGUUGGACCAUGCAAAGGAAGCUGCAGAUGAAGUAACAUCUACAGUUCUGUCGCAGAGAAUGGAAUUAGAUGAGAAAAAGAGAAGUGUUUCUAUGCUGCAGAAAGCUUUGAACCAGCAAAGGGAGUUAACUGUACGACAUGCUAGAGAAGCAGAGAGGGAAAUGAACAAAAGAUUGGAUGUUCAAAAAGAUGAGUAUGAGGAAGCUAUAAAAAGACAUUUAGGAUUUAUAGAUCAGCUGAUUGAUGACAAGAAAUCUAUGUCUGAAAAAUGUGAAAAGUUGGUAAAGGAACUGAAGACUAUAGACAAGAAAUACCAAGAUAAAAUUAAAUCUUUAGACGAUAGACAUGGUUUAGAAACACAGAAGCUGAAAGACAUGCAUGAAGCAGCAGAAAAGUUAAGGAGAGAAAGAUGGAUUGAAGAUAAAACUAAAAAGAUUAAAGAAAUGACAGUUAAGGGAUUAGAACCAGAAAUUCAGAGAUUGAUUGCAAAACAUAAAUCUGAGUUUAAGAAAAUCAAACAGAUCCAUGAAGCUGAGUUACUGGAAUCUGAUGAGCGAGCAGCACAGAGAUAUGUUAAAAUGACAGAAGAACUUCGGGAUCAAUUAGCUAAAGAAAAGGAGGCUGCUUGUGCAAGAGAAAGGGAACUUAGUAAACAAAGGUACGAGAAAGAGUUACAGAAUGAAGAGGAUGCUUACCAGCAACAGAGGAGGAGGUUACAUGCCGAGGUGCAGGAAGAGAAAGAACGAGUAUCUCAGCAAGCGACACGACAGAGAACAGAGUUAGAUAGACUUCAACGACAGUUGGAAGAUAGUCAUGCUCAUGCUUUAACAGCUAUGAAACAAGAAUACGAAAAAAGUCGAGAAGAACAAGAGAGACGGCAUUCUGAUGAAAUGAGAGACAUAAAAGAAAAGUUAAAACUAGAAAAAGAAUCUUGGGAGCAAAAUUUUUUGAAGAAGCAAGAAACAUGGGUUGUGCAAAAAGAACGAGAAUUGAAAGAGCAGGUGAAAAAAGAACGAGACAAGGAAAUAGAAAUGGUAAUCACACAACUGGAAGAUGAUGCCACGUCUACUCGAGAAGAUAUAGAGCGAGCAUCAGAACAUAAAACUAGGAGACUGAGAGAAAAAUAUGAGGCAGAAAUGAAAGAUUUAGAGAGAUCUGAACGACAGGCAUUAGAAAAAUAUAACGAAAUGAAGGCAAGACUUACAGAAGUUGAUGGUGAAAAUGAGUGUUACAAGGUUCAACUGAAACAGAAAGAUCAAGAAAUUGCCAGUCUUAAAAAGUUAACAGAUAAAAUGCACCAGGAACGAGACCGUGUUUCUGAUAUCAUCAGGCAGGAGUUUGCAGAUCGUUUAGUGACAACAGACGAGGAAAACAAACGACUGAAGAAUGGAAUGUCAGAGAUGAAGGCAAGACACAGAAUAGAGCUGGAUAGACAAAAAGAACAUAUAGAGGAAAUAAGAAAACAGAAAGAUGAAGAGAUGGAGGAGGUUCAUAAGAGAGUAAAAGAUGCCAUUUUAAAGAAAGAAGAAAUUGUAACACAGAUCAAGCAGCAGUAUCAAGCAGCACAGAAACGAGCAGAUCAUUUAGAGGGACUGUUACAACAACAGAGGAAACAGCUUCUAGGCAAAUGAUAAAAACAUAUUAAGAUGGGUCCCAUUUCAAUGGUGGAAGAAAGGAUAA